ACGAGGAGGCAGUUCUGUUGAUACCGAAAGCGACACGUUACUAUUGGUUUCUGCAGAAAGAAACCAUAAAACGAAUGUCAUUUUCCGUAGAAUGAUGUAGCCACAGUACGUUUUUAUCAUUUUAAGCCAAUUGAUUUGGUAUUUAGUCGAGAUAAUUCGAGACAGUUAAUCCUGUGAAUGGACAUUUAUUCGUUAAGUGAAACAGCAGCAGAGACAAACGAUUUGAGAAAGCAUCAAAUUUGAAGAUGUCCGCAAGAAAGUAUAACUACAACAGGGUCAAAGCAGAGGUCAGUGCCAAACUGAAACGGUUGGAGUCAAAGAAGUUCAGACGAUUUCAACUCCAUCUGUGUAGGAAGAUGGAUGAUAAGAGUGUUAAGAUGAUGGGAAUGAAAUGCAUUGUGGCAGUACUGAUGAAGAAAUAUGGAGAAAUGGCCAGUCACAUUGUGUCCUCACUUCUAAAAGACAGUAAAUAUCAGAGUAAACGGAGAGGAAGUCAACAAGGCAUUGAGAGCGAGGAGAUUCUGACAAUAUCUCCCAUCAAGGUAGAGAUGGAUGACCAACAGGCCAACCACGCUGGAGGACCACUCGAUGCAAUGCCAAGUGGCGCUCGGUGUACAAACACAGCAACUAAUGGAAGCAACGUUUAUGCACCAAUGCUAACUGGGUUUUCAGUUGGAAAGGACUUGAAUUUAAAUUCUACCACAAAUAUUUAUGGCCCUGUGUACACUGGAGGGGAUAUGAUUGACCAGCAGAUGCCAGUGUAUGACCAGAGCGAGGAGAAACGGCCUCUUUUUGAAGACAUCAUUCACAUCAGAGACAAGAUCAAAUUAUGCCAGAAGACGAAGUCUGAAAGCAUUCAAGAGGGUAUUGAAACCCAAAGCACAUCAGUCCUUAACAAGGUCUACACAGAGUUGUACAUUGUGACCUGUGAUUCUACCAGCAUCAAUAAGGAACACGAGGUGUGGCAGGCUGAGACGGCACACCUCAAAGACUUCUCUGAGGCCUCCGUCAUAAAAUGCCAAGAUAUCUUCAAGCCUGCCGAAGACAAAACUAUCAGAUGUGUGAUGACAAAGGGAAUCGCUGGCAUUGGGAAGACUGUGGCAGCUCAGAAGCUCAACUUGGACUGGGCAGUUGGAAAAGAGAAUCAAGAUCUAGAUUUUCUAUUCCUCCUACCUUUCCGGAAGCUGAAUUUGAUAAAACUCCCUCACAGUCUGCAUGGACUUCUUCAGAUCUUCUACCCUGAACUUAAAGAUGUAAACGUUAGGAAGAUUUAUGAUGAACAUAAGAUUUUGUUCAUCCUUGACGGCCUGGAUGAGAGCCAGCUGUCAUUAGAGUUUGAUGAAAUUGAUAACAGGCUGAUAUCUGAUGUGUCUGAGUCUGCUUCACUGGACGUUUUGCUUACAAACCUCAUCACUGGCCGUCUUCUCCCUGGGGCUCUCCUCUGGAUAACCUCCCGUCCAGUAGCGGCCAAUCAGAUUCCUAGAGAGUAUUGUCAUCGAGUUACAGAGAUCAGAGGGUUCAAUGAUGCUCAAAAGGACGAGUACUUCAGGAAACACAUCAGAGAUCCAGUGAUGACCAGCCGCAUCAUCUCAGACAUAAAAGCGACACGGAGCCUGUACAUCAUGUGCCAUUUACCGGUGUUCUGCUGGAUGGCGGUAACUGUGCUUCAGAAUAUACUGAGUAAAGACAACAAGAGCGGGCCAAAGCCUCGAUCUUUGCCUACAACCCUCUCUGACAUGUACAUGCAUUACAUUAAGAUCCAAACAAUAAUUAGUUUCGAAAAGCAUGGACCAACACAGGGGAAACAACAUCCUUUGAUGUCAAACAAAGACAUCAUUUUGAAAUUAGGAAAGCUAGCAUAUCAGAACCUGGAAAGUCAAAAUGUGCUCUUUACAGAACAGGCCUUGGCAAACUGUGGUGUUAGUGUCAUGGAAGCUGCUACAUGCCCUGGCCUGUGUACAGAACUUGUAGAAUUAGAUCAUGGCAUGUAUCCCACGAAAGUGUAUUGUUUUGUACACUUGAGUGUUCAGGAGUUCUUUGCUGCUCUGUACGCAUUUCAUGAAUUUGAAAAUGGCAGGACUGACUCAGUGAAAGCCUUAAUCAAAAAGAGGAAAGGUGGCACUUUGUUAGAUUUUCUCAAAGGUGCUCUGGACACUGCAUUAGAUAGUAAAAAUGGACACCUGGACCUUUUCACACGCUUCCUUUUCGGGAUCUCUCACGACUCCAGCCAGGCCCUCCUUCAAGACAUUCUGGGAAAAACAACCAGCAGUUCAGAAUGCAACAAAAAGUUAAUUGGCUAUAUCAAGAUGUUGAAAAGGAAGGACCUCUCUCCAGAGAGAUGCAUCAACUUGAUCCACUGUCUGCUUCAGCUGAAAGACCACACCAUUCUACAGAAUGACAACAACCAAGUCUCGCCUUCAGACACACAGCCAACUCCAUUUCAGUGUUCUCUCCUGGCAUAUAUGUUCAUUAUGUCAAAGAAGCCUGAAGAGUUUGACUUCAGGAAUAACAAAACUUCUGAGGAAGCUUUUCGCAGACUGGCUCCUGCUUUGGUGUCUUGCACUAGAGCGUUACUCAACUUUUGUGACAUCACAGCCCUGGAGUGUGAAACUGUAGCCUCGGUUCUUCAGUCUGAGAAUUCCCAUCUGACAGUCUUGGACCUGGGACACAACAACCUGGGCGAUGAAGGGGUGAUCCGCCUCUGCUGUGGGCUGCGGAACCCCAACUGCAAGGUGGAAACCCUGAAUCUACGCCACAAUCAUGUGGGAGUUGGCGGUGUCAAGGCAAUCUGUGAAGUGCUGACUUGUCCCACCUCAAAACUUCUGAACUUGGACCUCAGCAGCAAUGACCUUGGGGACCCGGGGGCAGAGUUGCUUGCUUUUGCCCUCCACAAGCGUUGCAAGCUGCAAGCACUAAGGCUAUCUGGCUGUUUGAUCACAUUGCCUGAGUCUGUCCUGGCCAUAGCUUUGAGGUCAGAAUCCUUCCACAUGAAAGAGCUGGAUCUGAGCUACAAUCCCCUCAGAACCGUUGAAUUGGAUUUCCCGCUUCAGCUGAACAUGGACCACGGAGGAGAGAGCAGGAAUAAACCAGGUCUGCAGAAAUAUGCCAGUGAGGUCACACUAGACCCCAGCACAGUAAAUGGUUUCCUCUCCCUGUCUGAGGGGAACAGGAAGGUGACGCGCCAGAGGAAGGAGCAGUACUAUCCCAGCACCCAAGAGAGGUUUAAUAAAUGCAACCAGGUGCUGUGCAAGGAGGGCCUCUGCGGGCGUCAUUACCUGGAGGUUGAGUGUCUACACAACGUACAUAUAGGCAUGGCCUACAAGCAAUUAGAGCGGAAAGGAGCCGGUGACAAUGUAAUGCUAGGACGGAAUGCUGUUUCUUGGAUUUUGUACGCCUCAAAGGAUAAGUUUCAUGCCCAGCAUAAAAAAUGUAUUCACAAGUUACGGCUCCCUGAAAUCAAAUCAAAUGAGUCCUAUAGAAUAGGGGUGUUUCUGGACUGGCCGGCCGGCAUCCUGUCCUUCUACAACAUCUCCUCUGAGUCUGACAAACGGACCCACCUGUACGCAUUCCACACCACAUUCACUGAGCCCCUUUAUCUUGGGCUUAGACUUCAAUCCCCAACUGCAGCCAUUUCUCUCAAAUAGAGUAGACUACAUCUAAGCAUUGUCUUUCAGAAAGUAAAUGUCCCAAUGGGUGGGACAAGGGUUUUAGAAAAGUUUGUGGUCACACUUAGGUUUUAAGGUAAUGAAGUAUACUUGAGUACAGAAUGGCCCGUGGGUUUACAAUACUGUUAUGUUGUAUCUCUCCUUUAUUUCUCUGAACAAAGAAUGUACAAUAAUGUGAUGUAUACUGUAUAGCCAUAAUAACGUCAUUUUAAAAGAAUGUCAGAAGCUGGCUAAUGAAAGAACAACUUUUUCAUGACUGUGCCUUCAGAAAGUAUUCACACCCUUUGACUUUUUCCACAUUUUGUUGUGUUACAAAGUGGGAUUAAAAUGGAUUUAAUUGUCAGCAAUUUACAACAAAAAAAAACAUGUCAGUGGUAGAAAAAUUCUAACAUUUAUUACGAAUGAAAAAUAAAACACUAUCUUGAUUGAUUAAAUCUCUGGUCACCCCCAAAGCCAAUUCCUCCUUCGGCCG